GCGAUGCAAAACGAUUGGAGGUACGAGCGACGAGACCUAGGAUACACCAUGUGCGGUGAUGCGGUGGGCGAAGCGAGGCCGCCUCCGCCCGGAGGGCGUAGGAGCAUAUGCUCUGGCGUCCUCAAGGUCGAUUCCACACCUCUCCUCUCAGCCCUCUGAACAGAUCGCUCGCCACAAAACGCUUUUCUUGCUACUUUGAGAAGACGAUUCGCAGAAAGAUGGCUGGUGAAUUUCUUUGGAUGCGAGAGACCCCUGAAUUAGACUCCGCAACCACUGAAAGCAGCGGGGAACGUAUUGAGGAAUUGCAAACUCCCUCGACACCCGAGACACAAGUUGCCGGGCUUGCUUCGUUCACAGACAACCGUGUAGAGUUCUUCCUUGGCGAGCAGUACCCUGGGUAUGAGCCAGGAGCGGGCAAAGGAAUCUUCCAGAGCGAUCUCGACAAACAAGCACUAUGUGCGCUCCAUGCCCCGAUUGGCUUCGAAAGCCAACGAGCCGCCAACGAAACACUCUGUCAGCAGCAUUCCGCUCAAAGGCUGGAACCCGGAGAGGUUCAAGCGACGGGAGCCACAGCCGAGGGAUAUACCGUGCAGCUAGAAAAUCAUCAAUACGUCCACUCCGUCGAAUCUGUCCCGGUCAACGAGCGCUUGGCGAACCCAGACUACAUUCCGACCUGCUUCACCGACAUCCACGCGGAUCUCGUAUGCUUUCAUUGCGGCCACGACCCUACACAAAUCGACAUUGACCUCGACAUGCCGCUCUCAUCUGCACCAACAACUCCACCACAACACUUAUGCAGCCCAUCACCCUCACAACAGCGAUCUCCUCCGUCGUUACCAACAGCAAGACCCAAGGUGCGCAUACCACCUGCGCCCGCAUCGACACCUAGACAAAUCUCUCGUGCUGCAACAUGCGAAUGGUGCAAUAAGACCUUUUCCCGGCCUGGAGGCUUACCAAGACACCAAUCUGCAUCGUGUCCAAAUCGGCCAAUCGGUGUGAGGCGAAGUCUGUUCGUCUGUCUUGUGUGUCAGGAGACGAAGCCGAGGAAAGAUAAAAUCCAAUUGCAUUGCCAAAAGAAACACGGGCAGCUAAUUGGGAAGGAGACGUUCGUGGAGAAAAUUUGA